AUGUCCUCCGAUCUGGCACAAGUGAAACAUUUGCUGAACCGCCUAUUUCUGGGACUGAAUGAUGAAUAUUCAGAGAAUGAGAAACUGCUCUCGCAGGCCAAGGACUUUUGCCGCAAGAACGACCUCAAUUAUCAGGGACUGAUCGCCAAAGAGUCUCAAGGCACACCUGUUCGCCUGUCUCAAGAGGACAGCGAAAUUUACUACUUGGAGAAACAAAAGCGCGCGUUACUUUCUCGACUGCAGAAAGAGGAGUAUUUCUCGUCCAAAUAUGAAGCAAUUCUCGAGAAACACCGUCAGCUAGUGACGUUGCUCAAGGACAACAUACAGAACAAAGCUGUGUUUGACGCCGAGUACUCCCAAAAACGACUACCAGAAGACUGUUGA